AUACGUGUGUGUGGUGUGAGGAGUGAGAGAGGAUUGGUUUCAGAGCCACCAUCAAUAAAGACCCAUGUUGUGGUCUCUGCAUGAAUGAUGAUGGCUCCUUUUGGGACAUUAUUGUAUUUUCAGCACACUGACACACAGUUGCUUGCUCACUUGUACUUUUUUCUUUAAUGGGUUUGAGUGGUUUUGGUCCCUUGUGUUGCUUAUAGGUUUGAAAUUUGGAAUCUUGUUGGUGGGGUUUUAAGAAUUAAGGGUAGAAAAGAAUAGUAAUAUUGGGUUUUUUUUUUUUUUUUUUUGGUUUGUCAGGAACAGCUUGGCUUGGUGCUUGGUGCUUGGUGGGUUUAUUGGGGUCAGAAGGGAGGGGUUGACCUAAUUUUGGUGUCUGGUUGAGGGAUUUAUUUUGGAGUUGUGGGGUUUGAUUCUGGGGCUAUUUUGUUUUUUUGGAAGAGGGUAAUGUAAAUGGAGUUGUUUUAGGCUUUUUUGAUGGGUUUCUGAAGAGAAAUGGUUUGUUCUCUUUGAAUCUAGUGGUGGAUUUGGGCAAUUUUGUUGGAAAAUUUAGUGGGACUCUCUGCCAUUUUUCAGUUCUGUUUUUAGCAGGUUAAAACUCAACUGGGUUUCUGUUUCUGCUGUCAAGAUUGCUCUCUUUUUGGAGCAAAGGAUUUGUUGGGUGUGAAAGCGGUUUUUUCAGUGUGAGAGAGGUUACUGAGGAGGUUAUCUUUGGGUGUCACAUAAGCUCAGCGCUGUUGUUGAAGUUUUGAAGUGCUUGUAUAGUGAGAAAAUGGCUUGCAUGAAACUGGGAUCCAAAACUGAUGCAUUUCAACGGCAAGGCCAGGCCUGGUUCUGCACAACUGGGCUUCCUAGUGAUAUUGUUGUUGAAGUUGGGGAAAUGUCCUUUCAUCUUCACAAGUUCCCUUUGCUCUCUAGAAGUGGGAUUAUGGAAAAAUUGAUUGCAGAAGCAUCUGAAGAUGUAGAAGAAGGAUGCACCAUAAACCUUCCCGAAAUUCCUGGAGGGGCCAAAACAUUUGAACUUGUGGCCAAGUUCUGCUAUGGAGUUAAACUUGAACUCACAUCCUCAAAUGUUGUGUACCUCCGGUGUGCUGCUGAGCAUCUUGAAAUGACAGAGGAGUAUGGCGAAGGCAAUUUGAUUACUCUGACAGAGGUCUUCCUGAGUCAAGUAGUUCUUCGAAGUUGGAAAGACUCAGUAAAGGCACUGCAAACCUGUGAUGAUGUUCUCCCCUAUGCUGAAGAACUUAACAUUACGAAAAGGUGCAUUGAGUCACUAGCUUCCAAGGCAUGUACUGAUCCAAAUCUAUUUGGGUGGCCUGUUAUGGAGCAUAGUGGGCCCAUGCAGAGCCCUGGGGGGAGUGUGUUGUGGAAUGGGAUAAGCACAGGGGCUAGACCAAAAAAUACAAGUUCUGAUUGGUGGCAUGAUGAUGUAUCAGCUUUAAGUUUGCCACUAUAUAAGAGGUUGAUUUCUGUCAUGGAAACUCGUGGCAUCAAACAGGAGAUUAUUGCUGGGUCCCUCACUUGCUAUGCAAAAAAGUACCUACCAGGAUUGAUUCGGCGUCAGGGAGCCAGUGAGUCCAGCAACCGUCUGGCACCAGUGGCUUUGGGGGCUCCACCAUCAGAAGAAGAUCAGAAGCUUUUCUUAGAAGAGAUUGAUAGGCUACUUCCAAUGCAGAAGGGCCUAGUUCCAACUAAGUUCCUAUUUGGUUUACUACGAACAGCCCUGAUUCUCCGAGUGAGCCCCUCUUCCAUAUCCAAUUUUGAGAAAAGGAUUGGGACGCAGCUUGAUCAAGCUACCCUGGAAGAUCUGUUGAUGCCCAACUUCUCUUAUUCCAUGGAAACACUUUACAAUGUUGACUGUGUGCAACGAAUUCUUGAACACUUCCUUGCAAUGGAUCAGGUUUCAGGCGGGGCCUCUCCUUGCUCAAUUGAUGAUGGCCAAUUGAUUGGGUCACCUUCAUUGACACCCAUCACUACAGUAGCCAAGCUAAUCGAUGGGUACCUCGCAGAGGUUGCCCCUGAUGUUAAUUUGAAGCUGCCCAAAUUUCAGGCUCUUGCUGCUGCAGUUCCGGACUAUGCCAGGCCAUUGGAUGAUGGUCUUUAUCGUGCAAUAGACAUUUAUCUGAAGUCACACCCAUGGUUGGCAGAGUCUGAAAGAGAACAACUUUGCAGGCUGAUGGACUGUCAGAAGCUUUCUUUGGAAGCUUGCACCCAUGCUGCACAGAAUGAGAGGCUUCCUCUUAGAAUAGUAGUUCAAGUUCUCUUCUUUGAGCAGCUUCAGCUUAGGACUUCCAUUGCUGGCUGCUUUCUUGUUUCAGAUAAUCUUGAUGGAUCAAGACAGUUAAGAAGUGGGAUUGCCCAAUCGAAUGAGGGAGGAGGAUGGGCCACAGCUGUGAGGGAGAAUCAGGUUUUGAAGGUUGGGAUGGAUAACAUGAGGAUGCGAGUAUCUGAGCUCGAGAAGGAAUGCUCAAGCAUGAGGCAAGAGAUUGAGAAGUUGGGUCGUGUAAAGGGUUCUAGUAGCACAUGGGGAAAUGUAUCGAAGAAAUUUGGGUUUAAGUUAAAGUCUCAGAUGUGCAGUGCUCAAGCUGAAUCUGUCAGCAACCAGAACAAUGGUAAUGGGGUUGGAAAGGUUGAGAAGGUGAAGGACAUGCAUGGAAAGCACAAGAAAAAGUCAUCUCAUAUUGAAUAAAACUUUUCUUAAAUUGUUCAUUAUUUUGCAGUAUUUCCUUUAUUUCAUUUGUAGUUUACACUUUUGACCCUUAAAGUUUAGGUCAUUUUGGUCCUUCAAGUUUGAAAAUUUUUAUUUUAGUCCACCAAGUUUGAUUAUGUUUUCAAAACGGUCCUUUCGUCCAUCUUCAUGAUCAGGCCAUCAAGUGCCAAUAAAACUAGGUCGUUUCUUUAUUUCUCUCUCUUGAUGGCUAGAUUAGUCAUGGACAUGGAUAGAUGACCAUUUUGAAAAUAGAAUCAAACUUGAUAGAUCAAAAUGAUAAAUCUCAAACUUAAGGGACCAAAAUGAUAGCAAUUCUAAACUUGAUCCAAAAGGGUUAGGUCUUUUCUAUUUUUAUUUAUUUUUUAUUUUUUAAGUUAGGACAUAGAUUUCAUCUCCCUCCUAUAUGUUUUUUUUUUUAGUUUUUCCAUUUUUAAACCCAGUGUAGUGGAGACGAAUGGAAGAAAUUGUAAUAUGUAAUUCUUACAAUUAUUGCGCA